AUGGGCUACCUCGCGGGUGGCCUGCCAUCUAAUCCCACCUGGAAUCUUGUCCAUGGCGAUUUGGCUCGCCUGCUCAACUUUGGUCUGACUGAGGCGCAGAUUCUAUCUGAUCUUCUCUCGCGCUACCGCCUUCCGGGCCUCUCCCGUCUCGAUCAAAUGUACCUACUGGGUAUCGCCGAGCUGAUGGCCAAUACGCGCUCCGACGUCACCGAACGCCUCUCCGGCAUCGCCGUGGCACCCAAGAGCAUG